UAAGUGAUAACUGAUAAAGUCCGAACGGUCGUCCCGAUGACCGAUCACAUACCAAAUUUAUUUUAAACCACUUUUAAGCCUUUUGCAUUUAUAAGAAACGUAAUACAAUUUUCGUAAGUCGAAAAUAAAGAAAGCUACAUUAUUGUUAAAAAUAAUUAUGUAAUGUCCACACUAAAUCAUAUUCAGCAAGUACGUCUAUUAUACAAGACAAUUUUAAGGCUCCAUCGAGGUUUACCAAAAGAAUUGCAAGAGCUUGGCCAAACGUACGUAAAAAAUGAAUUUCGUCGUCAUAAAAAUUGUAGUCCAAAAGAAGCACAUACAUUUAUGGUCGAAUGGAGUAAAUACACGUUGACAUUAUCCGAGCAGCUCUUGAAAAAUACUAAGUCGAGUAUUGGUUUUGGGAAAGAUCUGGAUACAACACCUGAGGUAUUGAAUUCAUUCACCGAUGAUCAAAUUUUACAACUCUAUGAUAUGCUGAAAGCGACGACCGGAAUUCAUGAUGAAACCGUUGAAGCUGAGAUUGCUGCACAAGACAGUGAAAUAAAGAAAUAGGAUUUAGAGAUAGAAUAAUAAAUUAAAGCUAAUAACUUAGUACUUGACGCUUAAAAAUAAGAAAGCCUCAAUAUGAAUAUCAAUAUGAAUGAAAUGUUAGAAACCGAAACUGUAAUGAAGUUUGUUCAAGACUUUUUCAUUAACUACGAUAAGAAUCGUCACAUAUUACACACGCUGUUCGCUACAGAUGGUACA